AUGGGUAAUCAAAGAGCACGAAGCAGAGGUCUCAGACAUGGCACGAGAAACAUGUUCACGCGCGGUUUCCGCCAAAACGGACCGAAGAACGCGACGACGUAUUUGAGAACGUUCAGAGUAAGUGAUACAGAAUCCGCUUUCUGCUCGCGCGUAGUUGUUUUUUUUCUCAAAUUUCGGGCGUCGAAAACCAUCGAUGUAGACGGGAAUGCGUUCGUUUCUUCCUGGAAUCAAAUCGUUCGCGCGUACUCCGCGCAUGUUUUGAGGCAUUCGUGGAAAGAAACGGCGAUAUUUCCGUUCGCGAUGAUUGGAGACUACGUUGACAUCAAAGUUGAUUCUUCUCAACACAAGGGCAUGCCUUACUUGGUGUACCAAGGUAGAACUGGCGUCGUCUGGGAUGUUACUCCGCACGCGGUUGGUGUCGAGGUGAACAAGCAAGUCGGUGGCAGAAUCAUCCGUAAGAGACUUCACAUCCGUUACGAGCACGUGCAACACUCUCGAUGCAGAGAAGAUUUCUUAGCGAGAAGAAAGGCGAACGACGAGGCGCACGCCGCGGCGAAGAAGGCGGGUAAGAAGAUUGUCACGAAGAGAGCACCGGUGGGUUUGCCGAGAGAGGGUUUUACUUUGGAAAACGUCAAGACGGAAAUCUUGACGCCGAUCCCGUACGAUAUCGUCAGAGAAGGUGUGCAGCUUUAA